UAAACCAACAUGGCGUUUAGAUUGUUCACUUCAAAAAUUUCACGUGCCGCGGUUUUGCCACUUUCUUGGAGAAGUGUUACCAAUUCUCCGGGAAUACAAGAAAAAUUGUGGAAGCUUGGAAAGCUCAACCAUGUUGCAAUUGCUGUUCCUGAUUUAGACCAAGCGAGUAAAAUGUAUAGGAAUAUAUUAGGUGCUGAUGUCAGCGAUGUGCAGGAUCUACCAGAACAUGGGGUGUCUACCAUUUUUGUUAAUUUGGGGAACACUAAACUUGAACUUUUACAUCCUUUGGGAGAAAACAGCCCAAUAGCUGGUUUUCUGAAGAAAAAAACAGAUGGUGGAAUUCACCACAUCUGUAUUGAGGUUGAUGACAUAAAAGAAGCUAUGAAGGAUCUACAAAAACAUAAUAUUAGAGCGCUGAAUCCUGAACCAAAGAUUGGUGCUCAUGGUAAACCUGUAGUGUUUUUACACCCAAAAGACUGUGGUGGAGUUUUGGUGGAAAUGGAACAAGCAUAAAACACACAGAGGAAGUUAGAGGAUUUAUUAUCUCUGAGCUCUUGUUGGGAUUUUCCAAAAUAAUAACUUAUCACUUUGUGGAAUGACAUGAAAAAUUCAGCUGGGACAAUGUAGCAACUGUGGAAGUUUACUUAAAUGAUACUUUACAACCAAACACUAGGUGUGCCAAAAAGUUCUCAUUCAAACACAAGAAAUCAGUGCUUAAAUUUAUAAUAGCUCAGCUUAAAUUUCAUAUCUUGCAAUUCAGUGAAAAACAAUGUAAAACAGCAUGAUAUGCUGCAAGGAACAAACUCCACAAGCUCUGUAGCUCACUCUUUGGAAUGGCAUAGUGACAGAGGUCAGUUGAGUGAAGUGAUGAAUUGAAAAAUGAAUACAUCAAAACUGGGCUGUUGGGAUAAGGCAUAGUGCAGAGUUAGUGAGGAAUUGUAAUGGUUUCUUCACUCUGGGAUGAUUAUAACUGAAUUUGAUUAGUGAAUUAGAUUUUUACCUUAACCAAAAUCAAGGUACAGUUUUGGUUAAAAAAACUCCAAAAUGUGUAGUAGCAGCAAAAAAACAAUCAAAUGUAGCAUGAAUCGACCUAGCUGCAACUCAAUGAAGAUCUUAACUAAUGAGUUAUUGGUGUAAAAAGAAUGUAUACUGUAUUAUCAGAAUGAAGGCUUUGUUGUUGGUUAAUGA